AUGCCUGAACAGCCACCAUUACAGGAGGUUGUGGAACAUGACGUAGUCUCUGAAGCGGGCACACAGGAUGCGCUCAUAGAGUUUGACCAUGGUGUUAAGCAGGGAGAUGGGACGGAUCUGCAAGAAUUAAUGGACAACUCUUCACGUGGAGUCAUAUAUUUCAGCAUGGGUUCUAUAGUAAAAUCGUCAGCUAUACCAAAAGAGACUAUAAAUAAAUUAAUAAAAAUUUUCGGGUCGCUGAAAAUGACUGUAUUGUGGAAACUGGAUGACGUGCCCGCGGGAUUACCAAAUAAUAUUCAUGUUAGAAAAUGGUGGCCACAAGCCAAUAUUUUAGCGCACCCUAACGUCCGUCUCUUCAUAACCCAUAGCGGCGGCCUUAGCACAAUCGAAGCAAUCCACUAUGGAGUCCCUCUUCUCGCCGUGCCUGUGGGUGGCGAUCAGCCCGUCAACGCUCGUCAAGCUGAGCUAGCUGGAUAUGCACGUGUGGUGCCGUAUGAACCAACAUUUGCCUCAAAGUUGGAGAUAGUUUUGACAGAAAUGCUAAGUAAUGAUAGUUACUACCACCGAGCGAAAUAUUUGUCGAAAAUUUUUAAUAACCGCCCAACACCACCGUCUAAACUAAUAUCGCACUACGUUGAAUUGGCUAUUGAAACUAAAGGAGCUUACCACCUUCGUUCGGCGACGUAUUUGUACAAAUGGUACGAAAGAUGGAUGCUGGACCAAGUGGCAUUCCUUGUAUUGGUACUAUACGUGUUGAAGAAAGUAAUACAGACAAUUUGUAGUACGAUGUGCAGAAAGAAACAGGAGGUGCAGAUGAAGGAAGGUUUAUUACAAAAACAGAAAUCAAAUGCAGGGCGUAAAAAGAAGGUGCAGUAAUAAUUUUUGGACGUCUUGAAUAAAAUUACAUUCCAGAUGAAUUGACUAUCUAUAAUUUUUUCUAUUACACACGCUUCCUACCAUGAAUGAACAAAAAAUAGUCAUGUUCAUUUGUAAAUUAUUAACAUUAUCA